AUGAUCCCGCCCCCAGCGGAGGCUGCAGAGCGGCCAUUGCAAAAGAUGAAAGAGCAGGAGGUGAUAGAUCUCACUCAGGACUCGGAUCCCGACGAUCAGGCCUGGUUGCCCAUCUAUGGGAGCAUGACUCCCCUGGGUAUCUGGGGUUUGUUUUCUAUCUGUUGGGCAGCGGCCCGUCUCGUGGUUCGCUCCUCGGAAAUGCACCAAUCACAAACUGACGUUGCUGGAUUGAACCAGGCACAAGAAACAAUCAACCUACUCUCGCUUUUUACCAAGAGACCUGCGGCAGAAUCUCGCAAACGCAAGGCUGAGCAUAAUUCAGACAAUGUAUCCAGCUCCAGCGCCCGGUCGGUCAAGGCCCGCAGUGAAACUCCUGGCCAUGAAAUCAAGCUUGAGGACCGUCCAUCUUUCAGCGUGGUUGUCCCACCUUUACCUGCCAAAUCUGGGAACCAUGAUAGAGGCCUUGAUUCACUAUCGCUAUCCAAGCAGUCUACUUCAGUGAAUACCAGCGAGAGGGAAACAAGUGAAGACACACGCAGUAGCGACACUUCUACUAGUAUCCAACCAACUGGACUAUCCACAAAGUUCUACCCUACCGAUGCCUAUGAGACUCGUGCUCGGCGAGGUGCCUAUCCUCGUGCCAAAAAAGUGAACCGCCAAGAUAUUCCUCCCUUAAUGCCCCUGAAAACUUCUCCAGUCAAGAUGAGUCCCAGCAAGCCGCUCUCCAAACGCCGUCACCUACGGCAAACUCUGGAAGACAAGCUUGCUGCUAUCAAGGGACCUCCCGUGACCUUAGCAGACAAAGGCAGCAAUGCCGGUCUGGCAUCGAACUUCGAAUUCAUCAGCUCGUACAAGCUCCAGAAGGGAGUGGAGCGGGUGGAUGAUUCGUUCAACGCUGGAUGUGAUUGUGGGCCUAUGUGUAAUCCGAAAAAAUGCACCUGUCUCUCUCAGGAGCUUGACUCCGAAGACCUUAUGAUCCCCUACCGGAGACUAGAAAAUGGGCUACUCGUUCUCUCGCGUGACUUCCUCAAGAAAACUUCCAUGAUCUACGAAUGUUCGUCUCACUGCAGCUGCAAUAAGGACUGCUGGAAUCGAGUGGUGCAGCACGGCAGGACUAUCCGGCUUGAAAUAUUCCACACAGGAAGUCGGGGUUUUGGUCUUCGUUCCCCGGAUCCAAUCCGUGCUGGGCAAUUCAUCGACUGCUACCUUGGCGAGGUCAUUACCAAAGAGGAGGCUGAUCUGCGAGAGGAAGCUGCCGGACCGACGAGUCCAUCAUACCUCUUCUCUUUAGACUUUCUUCCUAAUGAAGACAGUGACGAUGAAGACAACUACUAUGUCGUUGAUGGCUAUCGACUCGGCUCUCCGACCCGAUUUAUGAAUCAUUCCUGCAACCCUAACUGCAAGAUGUUCCCUGUCUCGACGAACCAUGGCGACCCGCGUCUGUAUGACCUGGCCUUUUUCUCCUUGCGUGACAUCCCUCCAAUGACGGAGCUCACCUUUGACUACAACCCCGGCUGGAAAGGGGACAAGCGAGUCGACCCGAACGCUGUCAAAUGUCUUUGCGGCGAGCCUAACUGUCGUGGUCAACUGUGGCCCAAUCAGCGCAAGAGUACCAAGGAGGACUGA